AUGUCUGCCACCGUCCACGUUCCCCUCGGCGUGUUAGACCACUUUUGCCCUCCCAAUUACACUGCCAUCAGCUGGUAUAUCCCACUCAAAGAUGGUGUGACGCCGCAAGAAGCCUUCGCUGCAUUCCAAGAUGGCUUGCGCCUUACUUUCAAGCAACUGCCUUGGCUGAGCGGCAAAGUUUUCAAACAAAAGCCGGCAACUACAGGAUGGCGACAGGGACAGCUGGAGAUCCGUUACGAGCCAGCUGAGGUAGAGAAUGCUUCGGCCCUCAUGCCUCAGUUCAAAUUUAAACAGCUAGAUGAAGCUGAGCUUCCCAUGAGCUACGAAGAAAUUAAGGAUUGCGGAUUUCCGAUGGACACUUUUCCCGACAAGGACGUCCUGUGGGGAGACUAUAUCAAUGUACCGGAGGAAGACAAGGGAGCCGAAUGCUUCAAAGCUCAAGCCAACUUUAUGCCCGGCGGAGUACUUUUGUGUGGCGCAACUCAUCACAACGUCUGCGAUGGAACCAGUCAAUUUGACGUAUGGAGAAUAUGGGCGGCCAAUUGUGAGGCUGUGCAGUCCGGCAGUGUCCCGGAAAUCCCAGAUCCCUUGAGCUCAGAUCGCGAAUUAAUCGAGCGGAUCUGGGCAACGGAAGGUCCAGGACACAAGCAAGUCAGGAGAGAGGAAGACAUUCAACCCGUAUCAUGGACUUUGCUGGACAUGGAUCCUCCAAACUCUGCAAAUCCUCGGCCUCCCGCUAAUCCGGUGCUCUCAUUCGAUGAAGUUAUGCAGUCGGGUAUCUUCUACAUAUCUCCAGAGAAGUUUACGGCUCUUCAAAAGCGCUGUGCGCAGGAAGUGGGCGCGGCGGCACGCAUAUCUGGCAACGAUGCUAUGACAGCGCUCAUAUGGCGUGCUCUUCUCAAGGCCAGAAGAAAAGCCGCUCUGAAGGCGGCUCGUGUAGAAGAAUCUGAGCUUGAGGGGGCAGUAGCUAAACUGCAACUCACUCUUGAUGGGCGACCUGAUAUCUCACGAGCUGGAGCUAUGCCUCACAUCUAUCUGGGCAAUCUAGUGUUUAUGAAUCUGUGUCAACUGCCGUUGCAGACUCUAACGUCGCCGGAUUCAAGUAUCGCUGCUGUUUCUCUCGCUAUUCGUCAAGUCGCAGACGCUGCGACUUCGGAAGCUAUGCUUGGCUCAUAUACAAUCGCUCGCAACACCGAAGAUCUGUCUUCUCUGGGGCUGCGACUGUCGCCGCUGCGUGGACACGAUAUGAUACUUUCAUCACUCAUUAUGUUUCCAGUAGAGGAAAUGCGUUGGGGAAGCCGCACGUUCGCAAGAGGAGGUGGUGCUGACUCUAUACGGCCACUUUGGAAUGCAAUCAAUACCGCGGCACGCCUUUGUUUCCCUUUGCCGCGGAAGAGCGGAGCUGGGACCGAAAUUGUAGUCAAUCUCUUCGAGGAUGAGAUGGACAUGUUGCUGGAAGAUGAGGAAUUUGGUGAAUAUGCUAUUUAUCUCUCGUCAUAG